GUGUGAGUGUAUAUAUAUAUACCCAUAUGGUGUAUGUAAAGAUUUGCCAAUCGUCGUUGGAUAUAAACGAGCAUACAUACAAAACUUCCUUCCCCCUUCAAAACAGAGCGUUUCAAAGAUGAGCCAGUACAAUCAGUACCAAACUGCAGGAGCGUACCCUCCGCCGCCGGUGUCGACCGGUCCGUACGUGGCACCGCCGCCGGUUGGUUAUCCGACGAGGGACACGUCUCAUCAACCGGUGGCUCCUUCUAAAGUCGAGACCAAGUCCAAGGGUGAUGGCUUCUGGAAAGGCUGUUGCGCGGCUCUGUGUUGCUGCUGUGUACUCGAUGCCUGUUUCUGAGGAGCCAACAUGAAUUGGGAAUUAUGCAGUGAUUUGUUCUCCCUUCUUCACGCACCAUUGUUUUUUUU